AACCAAAACCAAAACCCAAAUUCAAAAUAACCGAACAAGCUCUCUCUCUCUCUCUCUCUCUCUCAUGUGCAUUUCAACAACCUUUUUCAGCUCCUAAGAACAAAACCCAUAUACAAAUCCCCUUGAAAAAGACAACGAAAAAAGAUAAAAAACAGACACGCUCUCUCUCUCUCUCUCUCUCUCUCUCUCUCUCUCUCUCUCUCUCUCUCGCACGGACUAGAAAAGCUUUCUCAGCCAUGAAAACCAAAACCUACCAAAAUCAUCUUACCAAUGGCUCCAGCAGCGAAAGCAGCUCUCCCAGUCCCAGUCCACCUUCCUCCCCUCACCGCCCGUCGCGGGCCCCGCAAUGCCGUCGCCGGCAUCGGAGCAAGGCCCAUGCAACUUUGGAUAUCCUCGUCGGGUUCCUUUUCCGGCGGCGUAUCCGGGUUUUUGUCCUCUUGCCACUCUUCUACAUUUCCGGCAUCCUAAUGUGCGCUGGGACAUUUUCCAUCAUCGGCCGUCCCCAGUACCUCCCUGGUUCUCUGUACCGCAGCGGCAAAGUCUUCCAGGAGCUCUGGCCCAAAAUGCAGUUGGAUAAUGCCUCUGCUAUUCAGUUAUCAACAGUGUGGAAACACGGCCGAAGAUUGAAAGAGCAGAUACGAUGUACCAAUAGUACAGAUAAACCUGUUGGGUCACAAGCUCCAAGUGGCUACCUAGUUGUUGAGGCUAAUGGUGGUCUUAACCAACAACGCUCAUCGAUAUGCAAUGCAGUGGCUGUGGCUGGGCUUCUAAAUGCAAUACUUGUCAUACCCCAGUUCAAUUUCCACAGUAUUUGGAAGGAUCCAAGGCAAUUUGAAGAUAUUUACGAUGAAGAUCAUUUCAUAAAGACUCUCCAGGGCCAUGUGAGGGUGGUCAGGGAGCUACCUGAGAUAUUGAUGGAAAGAUAUGGUUACAACAUUAGCAACAUACCAAACUUCAGAGUAAAUGCCUGGGCUUCCGCUGGUUAUUACUUGGGAUCAAUUUAUCCUGUUUUGCGGGCACAGGGGGUCAUCAGAAUAUCCCCUUUCGCAAAUAGAUUGGCCAUGAAAGUUCCAUCUAACAUUCAAUGCCUGAGAUGCUUAGCCAAUUAUCAAGCACUGAGGUUUUCUACUCUGAUUACCACACUUGCAAAGGAGUUAGUGAGUCGCAUGAUUAAAAAAAGUUCAGGAACAGGUGGGAAGUAUGUAUCAGUCCAUCUUCGCUUUGAGGAGGAUAUGGUGGCCUUUUCAUGCUGUGAAUAUGAUGGAGGUGAGACUGAAAAGAAAGAGAUGAAAUCUGCUCGUGAAAGAGGGUGGAAGGGAAAGUUUAAUCGCCAGGACCGAAUUAUUAGGCCUGGGUUGAAUCGUUUGAAUGGAAGAUGCCCUCUAUCACCAUUGGAGGUGGGGAUGAUGCUAAGGGGUAUGGGUUUCGAUAACAAUACGUCAAUCUAUUUGGCAUCUGGUAAAAUAUACCAUGCCGAAAGAAACUUAGCUCCUCUGUUGCAGAUGUUUCCCCAUCUUCAGACCAAAGAGUCACUCGCCACUGCAGAGGAGCUCUCUUCUUUCAAGGGUAUUCUUGUGAAAAAUUGGACAGGUCUGUGUAGCCAAUGGUCCACGACAUAUGGCCUGGAUCUCUCACACACGCGCUACACUAGCAUAUGUUUCCCACAUGGUUAUUCUUCGAGGUUGGCUGCAUUGGAUUAUACAGUAUGCCUGUUUAGUGAAGUAUUUGUAACAACUCAAGGUGGCAAUUUCCCACAUUUUCUGAUGGGCCAUAGGCGGCACCUUUAUGAUGGACACGCUAAGACCAUAAAGCCAGACAAGCGCAAGAUGGUACUUCUACUUCAUAACACCAGUCUCAGUUGGGAAGUUUUCAAGCAUGAGAUGGAAGCCAUGCUCGACGAGAGUGACCGGAAGGGGAUUGCACUUAGAAAGCCCAAGGGAUCAAUCUACGCACAUCCUUCACCAGAAUGCACAUGUUGUCGGGGUUCAAUUAACUUGGCCCACCUGUCUGGCCAUCCUCUCCAUUCAAUUCACUUGCCAUAAUAGAUCAUUCACCAUUAAACACAAACCAGCAGCGGUUUUGCUCACUUUGGGAUUGUAAAUGCGUGCCUUGCCAUGGUUGGCCUUGAGCUUUUCUCAUGAGCUAUGCUCCCUGUUUUUCCCUACUACUGUGGAGCCUGCCAAGCUCAUGUUGCUAGUGAGAUGGAUUUCCAGAACGAUGGCCGCUCGGAGGUUAUUCAACAGCAUUGCUUUGUUUCAAACCGGUUCGUGUUUUGUCAUGGGCAUUGCUUGAAUUCAUCAAAUGCGGAACUUGGGAGUGCUUGCAGGUCCAGAAAAAGAUGCUGUUUCGGGGAUAUGGACUGCCGUUACCAGCAUGGUUGGCUGAUACGUGCGGAUACUGAUAGUUAAAGACUUUAGAACCAUGUUUUCUAGUGUGGGAAUUCUUUAUCAUUCGAAGCAAUUUUUAGAAAGACAUACCGGUAUGUGCUACAGUAAUUGUGGAGGUUUCUAAUUCUAUAUGUGAUCUACACGCCGA